AUGGGCCCCCCCCCCCCCCCCCCCCCCCCCGACGCGGCGCUCUUUCUGCCCGACAUUCUCUGCCAUCCACUGCACCAUUGCAGCACCCAAGGGCACAUUGCAGCGCCAGUCCCUACGGUACUACAUGGAACCAUCCGGGCGCUGCGGGCGGCAGGCUUGCACAUCCAAUAUGUCGGGUAUGCGCAGCGGCUUGCACGGCACCAGGAAUGCAUAAAAAUAUCUUUUGAUUUCCCUGACUUCAGAGGAUACGGCCACCUCCACGAUAUCGUGACCACGACCACGACUGAGAUUGCGACCUUGAGUCCCUACAACUGCGACAAGAACAAGGCUGGGCGCAUACCCAUACAGUCCACGAUGCGCGUCAAAUCGUAUUGGACGCCAGUUUGA